GGCGCGCACGCGCAGUGUCCCGGCCCGGCCAUGCGGGGCGGCGGGGUCUGGGGUCGUGCGUGGGCUGAGCUGCGGGGGUCCCGCGCCGGGGGCGUGCUCGCCGCGCGCGGGCACGGGCCGGGGGCCGAGGGGGGCCAGCGCCCAGGGACCCCGAGUCGCGAGGCGCUGGUGGACGUGCUGCGGGCCGCCGUGCUGGACCGCAUAGGACCUCUCGUGACACUCAACAAGCCCGCUGGUCUGCCGGUGACAGGGAAGCCGGAGGAGCCGUCACUGCUCUCGGUGCUGCCAGAGCUGAGUCGGACCCUGGGGCUUGGCGGGCUGGAGCUGCAGGUGGUCCGAGCGGCCGAGAGGGAGACCUCCGGGCUUGUCCUCCUCUCCAGCUGUCCCCAGACCACAAGCCGACUCCAGAAGUUCUUCGCUGACUCCCGGAGAGCCCAGAGGCCUACGGCCACCUACUGGGCAGUCACGGAUGGGGUCCCAGCCUCCGCCGAGGGGAGGGUCCAGGUGGCCCUAAAGCUGGAGCACGUGGAUGGGCUCAAAGUCGCCGUCCCCGUGAAGGCCGCGUCCCGCAGGGCCAUCCAGGAGGGCGCCAGGAGGACCCUGAGCCACUUCCGUGUGCUGGACACAGGCUCCGGCUGCGCCCUGGUCCAGCUGCGGCCACUGACAGCCUUCCCAGGCCAGCUGCAGGUGCACAUGCUGCUCCAGCUCUGCCCAGUCCUGGGGGACCACACGUACUGUGCCCGCGUGGGCUCUGUCCUGGGCCAGCGCUUCCUGCUGUCCGCCGAGAGCACCAAGCCCCGACCACAGGUCCUGGACGCCGCCCUGCUGUCACGCCUCCAUCUGUCACCCGCCCAGGCCGCCCAGCUGCCUCUGCACCUGCACCUCCGCUGCCUCCACUUACCCGGUGCUAGGCCCCGGGACGCCCCCUUGGAACUCCAGGCCCCGCUGCCCCCUCACUUCUCCAGGACCCUCCAGGACCUGGGGCUCCGCCAGCAGUAGGCGCGGUCUGCCGUGUCCCAGGAAGCGGGGGUGGGGACUCCGGGGGUCAGGCCUCACCGUGGCUGGAGACGGGGAAUCGGACCGCACUGCGCCAGCCUCAGUGUAUCCCCGGCAGCGCCAGGACCGAGCCGGAGCACGGUGCGACAGGAAACCAGCCGUGGCCCCG